UCGGUCGCGUCCCCGCUCCGGCGGCUCCGGCCGUUGUGCGCCCCCGGGCCGGGGCCGUGGAGCGCGGACGGCCGGGCCCGGCUUCCCGCAAGACGUGGGUCCCGUAUCGCUGCGGGACGAUGGGGGACCGGUCCCCGCGGUCGGGCGGGCCCCAGGCUUCCUGCGGCGGCGCCGGACAGGAAGCAGCUGUUGGCGGCGGCUUUCCUGCUGCGGGGGCCCCGGCGGCGGGGAGCGGGCGGUGCUGCGUGCUGCCCGGCGGGGGCCCAGUCCUUCCCCUCCAGCCCGGCGGCAGCUCCGGGAUGGCGGUCCGGGGCGGGGGGCCCCGCGGGGGUGACCGCGGGGGACGAGCUGGUGCCCGCAGCCCCGCAUCCCGUCCGAACCCGCAGCCGAUGCCUUCGGAGCUUCGCUGAGUCAGGCGGGGCGGGAGCCCGGCGUCCCCCCGACCUUCCCGGGCAUUGGCUCGGGAGCGGGCGGGCAGCACUGGGAUGGGCCAGGGAUCGGGAUAAAGCCCCGGGCUCAGCCCCAGCCCGGCAGCAGCGGGCCCGGCGGCGGGAGGAUGCUCCUCGGGGUGCGGCUCCUCGGCUGCCUGCUCCUUCCUCUGCUCCAGCGGGGGCGUGGGGACACUGAGUACGGGGACCUCGAGGAGGAAGGUCACUACUUGUACAUGGAUGAGGACGGACCACUGGAGGUGCUGGAGGGGCCAGCUCGCUGUCAGGACACCUACCAGGACUGGAUCUCCCUCUACUGCUGGGCUCCCUUCCACGCCGCCCUCAUGGCCACCCCCGAGGGCAGCCGCUGCCGCUGGGACAAGAUCAGCAGCACCUACAGCGAACUCUCCAGCUGCACCCAGCUGCUGGCCCAGCUGCUCUCCUGCCCCUGGCCCUGCGCUGUCCUCGACGCCUUCUUCCUGCAGGUCCAUGCCGAAUACUUCACCAACUGCACGGGGACCGGGACCCCCAUGCGGAGCGGGGUGCCCCCCGGGAUGGCUGUGGCUGUGGCUGUGGGGCUCAGCUGCCUCGUGCCCCUUGCAGCUGCACUCACGCUCAGCAGAGCCCGGAAAGGGGCUCAAACCCCAGCGGGCAGCUGCCUGGCCCCUGCCUGCCCCCCUGCCUGCGAGGGGCCGGCAACAGCCCUCCUGCCCCCCAGCCCUGGGAACUAACAGCAGGACAAGGGGGCAGAGGGUGACGGGGACAGGGCUGAGCACGGGCGGGGCUCUGGGUGUCCCUGGGUAUGGAGUGGGUUCCGUGGCACAGGGGGAGGCUGGGCCUGGGGCUCUGGAUGCCUGCAUCUGCCCUGGGGUGGGGGGAACAUUGGAAGAAGGGUGCUGGGUCCUGACCCUGUAUGGGCUGAGCCCCUUCCUGCGCACCCCGGGGUGGGAGCAAUGGGGAUGCCAGGCUGGGGCGGGGGCAAGCGCAGGCUUUGGCUGGCAGCCACCAUCCCGUCCCUGCCCAUCCCGUCCCUGCCUGUCCCCUCUGGAUGCCCCAGGACGGGGGGGCCACGCUGAGAUCAUUGGGUGUCUCCCUGGCAGAGGCUCCCACCGCCCGGCCGGAGGCUCCAGCGGCUCCAACAAAGAGCAGGACCAGGGGGGCUCCAACCCCGCGGCCCCCGGAGCGCCAGGGCCUGAUGGCUUCCAGAUGCAGCCGCUUGCCUUUGAAAGGUCCCGCGGUGCCCUGGAGUCGUGGCCCGGGGAGGGUCGGGCAGCUCUGCCAGGACAUUUGCCGGGGAGCGCGACGCCCGGCGAGAUCAUCUUUCUGCAGCAGGGAGGGUCCCUCUGAGCUGAGCUUCAUCAGGCUCUGAUUGACGCCCGGGCUGUUAAAGGGGAAGCUUUGGCUUCGCGCUCCGCCCUGGGCCAAAGGUGCAAUGAGCUCAGCCGGCCUCAGCUCGGUCCUCAGGGGGCUGGGGUCGUCCUCGGUGCGGGCUGACAUGGGGGGGAACCGUGCCAGGAGCGGGGGCUCCGGCAGAGCCGAGCGGUGCGGGAGGAAGGCAUCAAGGCUGAGGACCGGCAACACUGGCCAAGUCUCUGCCCUCUCCCCACCUCCCUGCCUGUGUCGGCCUCGCACCCGUGGGCAAGUCGUGCCACCACCACUGUCACCACCCUCCCCUCCCCAGCCCCAGCAGGGGCUGCCCCGAUGAUACCGGCCAUGGGGCAGGUGCCCGGGUGAGCCAGAAGCCACCAUGUCGGGGCUACGGGUCCCCCCGCCCCGCCUGCCCGGGGACAUUACGCUUCCCCGUCCACUCCCCCCGGCUGCCGGGCUGCCUGCCCUCCACGCAGGAGACGAGGGAUUUCACAACCCAGCCCAGACAGGAUUAAAGAGAAAUACACAAGUAAACAAA